GCGGCCGCGCCCCGGGCCGAGGAUGCCGGCCGUGUCGAAGGGGGACGGGAUGCGGGGCCUGGCGGUCUUCAUCUCCGACAUCCGCAACUGCAAAAGCAAGGAAGCAGAAAUAAAGAGGAUAAAUAAAGAGCUGGCAAACAUUCGAUCUAAGUUUAAAGGCGACAGGGCCUUGGAUGGCUACGGCAAGAAGAAGUACGUGUGCAAGCUGCUGUUCAUAUUUCUCCUGGGCCACGACAUCGACUUUGGGCACAUGGAGGCCGUGAACCUGCUCAGCUCGAACCGAUACACGGAGAAGCAGAUCGGCUACCUGUUCAUCUCCGUGCUGGUGGGCUCCAACUCUGAGCUGAUCCGGCUCAUCAACAACGCCAUCAGGAACGACCUGGCCAGCCGCAACCCUACCUUCAUGGGCCUGGCCCUGCAUUGCAUUGCCAACGUGGGCAGUCGGGAGAUGGCCGAGGCCUUUGCCGGGGAGAUCCCCAAGGUCCUGGUGGCUGGCGACACCAUGGACAGCGUGAAGCAGAGCGCCGCGCUGUGUCUGCUGCGUCUGUACCGGACGUCCCCCGACCUGGUCCCCAUGGGUGACUGGACGUCCCGGGUGGUCCACCUCCUCAACGACCAGCACCUGGGUGUGGUGACCGCAGCCACAAGUCUCAUCACCACCUUGGCACAGAAGAACCCUGAGGAGUUCAAGACGUCUGUCUCGUUGGCUGUGUCCAGGCUGAGCAGGAUCGUGGCCUCGGCGUGCACGGACCUGCAGGACUACACCUACUACUUCGUCCCGGCACCUUGGCUGUCUGCGAAGCUCCUGCGGCUGCUCCAGUGCUACCCACCCCCAGAAGACCCUGCGGUGCGCGGCCGCCUGACCGAGUGCCUGGAGACCGUCCUCAACAAGGCCCAGGAGCCACCCAAGUCCAAGAAGGUCCAGCACUCCAAUGCCAAGAACGCUGUGCUCUUCGAGGCCAUCAGCCUCAUCGUCCACCACGACAGCGAGCCCAACCUGCUGGUGCGCGCCUGCAACCAGCUGGGCCAGUUCCUGCAGCACCGGGAGACCAACCUGCGCUACCUGGCCUUGGAGAGUAUGUGCGCGCUGGCCAGCUCUGAGUUCUCCCACGAGGCUGUCAAGACCCACAUCGAGACCGUCAUCACCGCCCUCAAGACGGAGCGGGACGUGAGUGUGCGCCAGCGGGCUGUGGACCUCCUCUAUGCCAUGUGCGACCGCAGCAGCGCCCGGCAGAUCGUGGCCGAGAUGCUCAGCUACCUGGAGACUGCUGACUACGCCAUCCGGGAGGAGAUCGUGCUCAAGGUGGCCAUCCUGGCGGAGAGGUACGCCGUGGACUACGCCUGGUACGUGGACACCAUCCUGAACCUCAUCCGCGUGGCCGGCGACUACGUGAGCGAGGAGGUGUGGUACCGCGUCAUCCAGAUCGUCAUCAAUCGCGACGAUGUGCAGGGCUACGCCGCCAAGACCGUGUUCCAGGCACUCCAGGCCCCCGCGUGCCACGAGAACCUGGUCAAAGUGGGCGGCUACAUCCUGGGGGAGUUUGGGAACCUGAUAGCUGGGGACCCAAGAUCCAGCCCUCUGGUUCAGUUCGACCUCCUGCACUCCAAGUUCCACCUGUGCAGCGUCCCCACCCGGGCCCUGCUUUUGUCCACCUACAUCAAGUUCGUGAACCUCUUCCCCGAGGUGAAGCCCACCAUCCAGGAUGUGCUGCGCAGCGACAGCCAGCUCAAGAACGCCGACGUGGAGCUGCAGCAGCGGGCUGUGGAGUAUCUGCGGCUCAGCACCGUGGCCAGCACCGACAUCCUGGCCACCGUCCUGGAGGAGAUGCCCCCGUUCCCCGAGCGCGAGUCUUCCAUCCUGGCCAAGCUCAAGAAGAAGAAGGGCCCGCGCGCGCCGGCCGACCUGGAGGAGGCCAAGCGGGAGAGGAGCGCCGACGUGAAUGGGGGCCCCGAGCCCACCCCGGCCAGCGCCAGCACCAUGUCCACGCCUUCUCCGUCUGCAGAUCUCCUGGGCCUGGGGUCUGCCCCGCCUGCUCCCACAGGUCCUCUGGCCUCCUCUGGAGGGGGGCUGCUGGUGGACGUGUUCUCAGACUCGCUCUCCACGGUGGCGCCGCUUGCUCCCGGCUCCGAGGACAACUUCGCCAGGUUUGUCUGCAAGAACAACGGGGUGCUGUUCGAGAACCAGCUGCUGCAGGUCGGCCUCAAGUCCGAGUUCCGGCAGAACUUAGGGCGCAUGCUCAUAUUCUACGGGAACAAGACGUCCACACAGCUCCUGAGCUUUACGCCCACGCUCGUCUGCUCCGACAGCCUCCAGGCGGCCCUGAGCCUGCAGAGCAAGCCCGUGGAUCCCACGGUGGACGGGGGCGCCCAGGUGCAGCAGGCCGUCAACAUCGAGUGCGUGUCCGACUUCACGGAGGCGCCGGUCCUCAACAUCCAGUUCAGGUACGGGGGAACCUUCCAGAAUGUGUCUGUCAAGCUGCCCAUCACCCUCAACAAGUUCUUCCAGCCCACGGACAUGGCCUCUCAGGAUUUCUUCCAGCGCUGGAAGCAGCUGAGCAGCCCCCAGCAGGAAGUGCAGAACAUUUUCAAAGCAAAGCACCCUAUGGACGCUGAGGUCACCAAGGCCAAGAUCAUCGGCUUUGGUCCUGCGCUCCUGGAAGAGGUCGACCCCAACCCUGCCAACUUUGUGGGGGCCGGCAUCAUCCACACCAGCACUGCCCAGGUCGGCUGCCUGCUGCGGCUCGAGCCCAACCUCCACGCCCAGAUGUACCGCCUGACGCUGCGCACCAGCAGGGACGCCGUGUCACAGAGGCUGUGUGAGCUGCUGUCGGAGCAGUUCUAGUCCCCGCGCCGUGGCUCCGGCACCGUUGGCCGCUCCCGACGGCCGGCCCCGUCCAGACGCCACUGUGCGAGGCCCACGCCACCGCCCUGGCCCUGCCGGGCAGGCCCAGUGCAGGACUGCAGCUGGCCUCCCAGGUGGGGAGCUGCCCUGGGGUGGCCUGUACGGAAAUCAGGGCAGUUCUGUGGCCAAAACAACAAAUUAAAGGGAAAUUGGAAGUUUGAAUGAAAAUGAAAAUUUGGUUGGAGUUU